ACUUCUCAAAAAAAAAAACCUGUGAUAAUGGCGAAAAAUGUAGCUCAGUCACCCCUUGAGAGGACCAGCUAUUCCAUGGCCAAGCAAUGUGCUCAUGAGGGAGUAAUGGCAGGAGCCAAAGCAGCUGUUAUCGCCAGCAUUGCAACAGCCAUCCCUACCUUGGCCAGUGUGAGGAUGCUGCCCUGGGCAAAAGCCAAUCUGAAUCACACCGCUCAAGCUCUCAUAAUCUCCACAGUGGCAGGAGCAGCAUACUUCAUUGUGGCUGACAAGACUGUUUUGGCCACAGCAAGGAGGAACUCCUUCAAGAAUGCCUCUGACAUUGAAGCAUGAUUUCCACAGCUAGCAAUUAUGGAAAACCCCAUGGAUUGGUUUUAUAUAAAUAAAAAUGGUCUCUUCCUUUUUCUA